CGGGUGACCCAUUUUCAUCCCAAAACUAGAACUCAAACAGCAAUGGAUAGAUCAAAAGAGGGACCUGGGCAGCAUAGGAAACCCACCCAUUUGGUGCUUUUCCCAUGCCCAUUACAAGGCCACAUAACUCCCAUGAUUCAGCUAGCUGCAAUCCUACACUCCAAAGGAUUCUCAAUCACCAUCGUCCACACUCAAUUCAACUCUCCCACUCCAUCCGACUAUCCAAACUUCAAUUUCGAACCCAUAUCUGAUGGCCUAUCAACCGAUCAGACACAGAUGGAAGAUGUCAUGGCCCUCAUCACGCUCCUUAACGGCAAUUGCCAUGGCCCAUUUAAUGAUCUCAUGGCUCAGAUGCUCUCUGAGGAGGACCCACGUGGUUCAAUCCGUUGCAUUGUUUCUGACGCUCUCAUGCACUUCACGCAGUCUGUGGCUGACCACUUCAAGAUCCCGAGGAUCAUCCUACGGACCAGCAGCGCCACAUCAUUUGUCACGUGCGCCGCCUUCCCGCUCCUCCGGGAGAAAGGCUAUCUUCCCAUACAAGAUCCUCAAUCGGAGAUGCCAGUGUCCGAGCUCCCGCCUCUCAGGAUCAAAGAUCUACCAAACAUCAGCACAGACAACUCGGACACAUUGUAUGAGCUGGUGGCCCACAUGAACAACGAAACAAGGGCUUCUUCCGGGCUAAUCUACAACUCAUUCGACCACAUUGAGGAAACUGCAUUGGCUAAAAUCCAGCAAGACUUCCCAAUACCGUUCUUUCCGAUCGGGCCACUUCAUAAGUACUCAUCAGGAUCAUCCAGCAGUUUGCUGCCACAUGAUCACAGCUGCAUUAUUUGGCUGGAUAAGCAGGCGAUGGAGUCCGUCAUCUACGUCAGCUUUGGGAGCUUAGCUUCCAUGGAGAAAAAAGAGUUAGAGGAGAUAGCAUGGGGCCUAGCCAAUAGUGGCCAGCCCUUCUUGUGGGUGGUUCGACCCGGAUCUGUUCGUGGGUCUUUGAGUGUUGAAAUGCCAGAUGGGUUCGAAGAGGAGACACAAGGGAGGGGUUUGGUCGUCAAGUGGGCCCCACAGCAAGAGGUCCUGGCUCACCCUAGUGUGGGAGGUUUCUGGACACACAAUGGCUGGAAUUCAACGGUGGAGAGUAUUUGUGAAGGGGUGCCUAUGCUAUGUUGGCCUUGUUUUGGUGAUCAAAAGGUGAAUGCUAGGCUUGUAAGCCAUGUGUUGAAGGUGGGUGUUCAACUAGAGAAUGGACUGGAGAGAGAAAAGAUAAGUUGGGCCAUAAGAAGAUUAAUGGUGGAGAAGGAAGGAGAAGAGAUGAGGAGAAAUAUAAGGAAACUGAAAGAAAAGGCUGACCAUUGUUUAAGAGAAGGGGGUUCUUCCUAUGAGUCGAUAGAUAAGUUAGUAAACUGUAUCCUGUCAUUUUAAUGACUGAAUCAUCCGAGUAGACUCGGAUUCAGUCCUACUUGAUCUGGUUUGAUACGUACCACAAGUCUCCCC